AUGGAGAAAGGACAGGGCCUAGCUGCCUUCCUGCCUCCGCCUAGGCCAGCCAAGCCCCGUCAUGAAGUUCGCGCUCCGCACGAGCUCAGCGCCUUUGAAUGCCGCGAGAGUUAUGGAGAACCGUGCCGGGGGUCGACAUCUUCAGCGGCACCACGCAGCCCAUCACCGACAGCAGCUCUGCCGACGAAGAGUCCAGCACGACGUACUGUCGAGGCUCUAGACGUCGGAGCCAAGUUGGUGCACUCUCCGGUCUCGGCACCAUUCGCUGGCCCUAUGUCUCAACACUGGGGAGCCUCACCGUGCCUGGCAGCAAAGAAUGUUUCUCGAACCUCUGAUGUUUCCCUGGCAGCGCCGGUUUUACAUGAUGGGACGGAGACAGCCACGUCCGUACUACUUGCAACGCCAGCAGCGAUGUUGCAGGACUCCCCCGGCGCAAACCUACUGGCGCAGGCUGCAAACGACGAGUUGGAGCAUCUACGCGCAGAGGAGCAAAGCUUGCGGCGCCUGUGGCAGCAGCUACAGGCCCCGCCACAAGGGGAAGACCCGACCGGACAAAGUGUUCGCCAAUCCGAGGCGUUUCAAAGGGAGCCUGCCGCAGAUGAGCUGCAACGGGCUGAGCAGGAGCUGCGCCGCCUCACUCGGCAAGCCGAGUGCCAGGAGCUUCGCCAAAGACGUGAAGCCGAGGAGCAGCUCAGCUCCAAAGCCCGCGCCGACCUCGAGGACGCCCGAGCAUCCUGCCGAGCCACAGAGGCCCGGGUCGCGGCGGAAACCCGAAGCCUCCAGGAGGAGCUGAAAGAGGCGCGCCAGGCUGCAGCAGGUUGGCUACCACCCGACUUCUGGACAACCUCGGAGCCCUUCGACGCUGCUGCAGCGCAAGCCCGCGAAAGUCAACUCCGCACGGAGCUUGCCGAGCUCUUUGAGCGGGAGGCUGUGGCACGCUCCCUCUUGGAACGCCUGAGAGACCUGCGCAGUGAUGCGGAGCUGCGUUUGCCGGCCAUGGAGCUGGAGAGGAACCAGGAGAAGGUGCGCGAGAUGAGUAUGGACAAAGGCUUCAUUGUUCCCGCCAUCGAUCCCACGGAGGAGCUGCAAAUCUUGAGGAGCACUCCUUCGGCGCAGAGCAGCGGAAGCUGCGAGCAGCCUCAUGAGGAGCAUGCUUCCGAGCAGAGCUCCGCACAGCAACGCCUCCGCCUGUUACAAGAGCGAGCGGCCAAGCUCCACGUCAUCAAGGAGCAUCUCCAGCGCCUGAGCCAGCAACGGCGUGCAAGGGAGGCCAAGUCAGAUCCCUGCAAAGAUGGAGCCUCCGGCUCCGUGGAGAACAGGGAGCCACCUCGGAUCACAAGAUGGCAAAAAGUGGCGCAUCAGUUGCUUAGCACAGGUGCCUUUUCGCUCGAUAGGGUGAAGGUAAAUCGUCUUGGUCCGGGGAGCCCUCGUGCAGUAGCUACAAUAGCUAUCAUAUGGGAGAUUCCGAAAAUAGGGGACCCUAAUAUAAUACCUUAG